CGACAAGGAUAACGAAGAGAAGAGGAUAACGAGGAGGAUAACGAAAAGGAGGAUAACGAGGAGGAGGAUAACGAAGACAAGAGAAAGGAUAACGAGGAGGAGGAGGAUAACGAGGAGGAGGAGGAGGGCGACUGCAGCCGGCACCGAACCUCCCCUCACGCUCAGCCGCCGCCGCCGCGUGCACGUACGGACGAGCGCUUUGGGAGCUGAAAAGGACAGAAGGGCCCCCCCGGGAGCUUAGGGGAAGACGAAGAAGACACCGGGGAGGGAGGAGUGAGAGAGCAGAGCCCUGGACGCGGGGCGCGUGCAGGAGCCGAGCCCACAGCGCUCGGGCUCCCACGGGCGGCGGUCGUCAUGAGCUGGGGCACCGAGCUGUGGGAUCAGUUUGAGGGCGUGGAGCGGCACACGCUGUGGGGCGUGGAGUUCCUCGAACGCUUCUCCAAGUUCGUGAAGGAGCGCGCCGAGAUCGAGAUCGGAUACGCCAAGCAGCUACGGAGCCUGGUGAAGAAAUAUCAGCCGAAACGCAACUCGAAGGACGAGGAUGAGUACAGGUUCUCAUCGUGCCGAGCGUUCCUGGCGGUGCUUAGCGAGCUGACGGACUACGCGGGUCAGCGCGAGGUGGUGGGAGAGUGCCUAUCGGGCGCCGUGGUGGUGGAGCUCUUGCGCUACACGCAGGAGCUCAAGGCCCAGCGCAAAGCCCUGGUUCACGAUGGCCGAAAGGCUCAGCACCAUGUGGAGAGCUGCCUCAAGCAAAUGGAGACGAGCAAGAAGAAGUUUGAGCGCGACUGCAAGGAGGCGGAGAGGUCGCUGCAGAACUUUGAGAAGCUGGACUGCGACAUCAAUGCCACCAAAGCCGACGUUGAGAAGGCGAGGCAGAACUCGACGCUGAGGCGCACGAUGGCAGACGAGAGCAAGAGCGAGUACGCGUCGCAGCUGCAGCGCUUCAACGCGGAGCAAAAGGAACACUACCAUGGCGUCAUGCCCAAAGUGUUCCAGGGUCUGCAGACGCUGGAGGAGGGCCGCAUCGUGCGGCUGGGCGACGCGGUGAAGCAGUUUGCCGAGUCGGAGCGCCGCGUGUUGCCCAUCGUCGCCAAGUGCCUGGAGGGCAUGACCCGGGCCGCCGACGCCAUCAACCACGGCAAUGACUCUCAGCUCGUGAUAGAGAUGUGCAAGUCCGGCUUCGAGCGCCCGAGCGACGUCGACUUUGAGGACUUCAGCCAGUACAUCGGCAAGGCCUGGCCCGAAGCGUCGGGCGGCGGAGGCGGCGGAGGCGGCGGAGGCGGCGGCGGCGGCGGCGGCGGUGGCGGCGGUGGCGGCGGUGGAGGCGGCACGCUGACGCCGGCACAGCGCUCCGACGGACGUCCCGACUUACGGGGCAGCGUCGGCCGCUCCAAGACCAAGCUGUGGCUGUUUGCCAAGAAGAGCAAGAAGAAGCUCAGUGUGAAGGGGCCCGUGCCGUGCGAGGACCAGAGCCACCUUCCCCCCGAGCAGCGGCGCAAGAAGCUGCAGAGCAAAAUCGACGACUACAACCGCGACAUUCAGAAGGAGGUGGAGCAGAAGGAAGCGCUGCACAAGAUGAAGGACGUGUACGCGCGGAACCCACAGAUGGGAGACCCCUCCAGCCUGGAGCCCAAGCUCAGCGAGAUCGGCCAUCGCAUCGACCGCCUGCGCCAAGGCCUGCAGAAGCACGAGACGUGGCUGGCGGAGGCCGAGGGCCGUGCGGUGGGCAAGGCCGACACGCCGCGUCGCCACAGCAGCGUGCUGUUUGAGCAGGCGGGGUCGCCCAGGUCGGGAUCGGCCAACGGGCCCAGCGCUCGCGAGAGCAGUCCCGACGGGAGCUACACGGAGGACCACAGCCACAGCGGCGGGCACACGGACUUCGACGACGAGUUCGACGACGACGCGCCGGCUAUCGGGCGCUGCCGGGCUCUCUACACCUUCGACUCGGAGAACGACGGCACCGUGCCGCUGCACGAGGGCGACUCGCUCGACGUGCUGGAGGAGGACCGCGGGGACGGCUGGACGCGCGUCCGGCACGGCGAGCGCGAGGGCUACGCCCCCACCUCCUACCUCGAGAUGCUGCCGCCCGACCCCGGCACCUCGGGCCACGCUUCACCCGAAUCCGCCGGGCAGGGCGCCAUGACCUACAUUUGAGCGGCGACGACCGCCACCGCCACCGCCACCGCCACCGCCACCGCGGGCCCGGCGCUUUGCUGGCCGGGAGCGGGGGCGGCGAAGGUGACGCGGAACGGACGGAUUCGGGAGGUCUCAUCGCGGUUCGCGUCCGCGCCGUGAGGUUUUGGCCGAGCCUCCCGUCACCUCGGGCCCCCGACGGGCCGGGAAGGUGCCGAGUCCCCGUGGUUACGAAUCGCCGGGGGAGGUGGGGUGGGGUGGGGGGUCUCGCCGCUUGCCGAAAGGGUCGCCGGGGUCAGGAUGGGAACGCCUGUUCCUCCGCCGCCCCAUUGGCGAAGCCGCACACACACACACACACUGCACAGAGAGACUCGCUGGUCGGCUGCAGAACGGCCGGGGCUGUGUGUGGCGGACCGUGCCAGGUUAAAAAAGAGUGACUUGUAACGUGGUUCCUAAACGGUUUAAUUGUUAUUCUCUUCAACUGGCAAGGGACAGCUGAUAUACAUAGCGCUUAUCGUACGUCCCACAAAUAGAUGCAGCGCCCGUAUGUACCGAGUACCAAUAUAUAACGACGCCGAUGACGAUUGUGACGACGUUAAUUCUCAACCGCCGUAGGAAACACAUAUCACCAGGACCCGUGUCUGGAAGUCCGGUUCGUCGAUUCUACAGAUGUGAAAAGGAUGAAAUCACUACGGUACCAGGCGGGCGGUCGCGUUUGCGGAAAACGGCGGACAUCCUGUGGAUAAGAGAGAAAAACAACGACAACAACAACAACAACAAUGGGGAAAUUACGACGAAAAGUCUUAUCUUGCCACUCAUUAUUUUUUCUACUUUUUUUAUCGAUACUACGACUCGUUUAGUUUUGGUUGAUUCUUCGUUUUUUUGUCGCACGCGCGUGCCGAGUUGCUGUCCCGGACCCCAUGGGGUGUGUAUUUUAUUUUUUUAAUUUCCCGUGUUUACUUUGCACUGCCGCUGCAGCACGACGCACGCAACGGGGGGGACGGGGUGGGGGGCGGGCGAGAUUUCUUACGAACAAAAAACGAGACGGAGAGAGCGGCGCGGCGGAAUGCGACGGGCGGAUUUUUGUUGUUGUCCGCGCCCGCGAGUCUACCGCAUCGCCGUCCCGUGGGAACUAACAAAAAAUAUCUCGCCGCGCGUUCGCCGUGUGACCCAAUUAGCGCCGUGUGCCAGCGCCGUGCCAGUGGUCGUGCCAGCUUUGUGUCAAGAGCGUUUGUGUGCCAGCGUCACGCUCCGUUUGCUUCCACCGUUAACGCUAUACAGCGACCCCCCCCCGCCACGCGUCCGUAAGAUGUUUCGGUCACCGUCGUUAUUAAUUCUUACGCGCACCUGAGACGCGGGGAGGCAGCAGGAGGGACACCUUGGAUUAGAGAACGAUAGGCGGGUUGUUAAAGAUGGAAAUUCCAAAUGAUUAAGCAAAUGAACAAAACACUCAACACGUUUGUCAACAACACUGCCUGAAACAAUUUAACUGUUUAGAGCGGUGUUUUUGCCAAAUGUGUGUUGAGUUUGUCAUUGGUUGCAGACCACUGCCCAAUGCUCGUACACCACUGCCCAAUGCAAGUAUCAAAAAUGUUUUUUUCUCUCAAUUUUAUUGUCAAUAAAUGUCAGUUGGGGGCUUUGGGCCUGGCAACGCGCCACGGCUCGAAGGGAUGACGGCCGGCGGGUCUAGAAGAGUUGAAGGGAGGAGGCAGCCAGCGGAAUCGACCGGAGGUUUGACGGUGCUGAAGGUUUGACUUGGGCCGACUCGCCAUUUUUACGAUGUUAAUUGCGCGUCCUGGAAUUUUUUUAAAAAAUAAUUUCUCCCCUUAAAACGAUUCCGUCGAAAGUGACGCGGCCCAACUGCCGCCGGCGUCGGCGACUUGGCCUUUUUGCCGGUGAAGGCGUAGGGGUUGCCACCUGUCCCGUUUUUCCCAGGAUCGUCCUCAUGCCAUUGGGAGAGGCAUCUGCCAUCCUGGGAAACCCGUGAGUCUUCCCGGGGACAUUACAAAAAAGUUCCAGACUUUUGUCAGUCGUGUAAUCACAACGGUGAUGGUCAUAGCACACGGACACAUUUACAUGUCGUCCUCACCUCUCCCCGCGCCGUGGGGUAUUAUUCUUGUUCUCGCCGUGAUGCUGCCCGGUUUAUAUGGACCUCGCAGGUGGCGGCAACCCAGGGCGCGUGCGCGUGCCCAUCCAGCAGCGGCAGCGAUUGCGGUUGUGUCGCACAAAGGCGGCGUUGUCAAAACCCUCCUUCCGUACUCGACCGAUACGAAUUGCCACGCUGCCGAAUCUGUAACCGCGCACCGAUUUCCGUAGCAAAAAAAAAAAAAAA